UUCCCACUGCUCUCAGCCUCCACAGUGCCUGUGCCAGGGGCCUGCACUUGGAGGGUCCUGACAACAGUCUGAGGAGCCACCGCCACCACCUGACCAUGGCCAAGGAUCUGGUUCUGGAGCGAUGUGACCUGGAGCUGGAGGCCAAUGGCCGAGACCACCACACGGCCGGCCUGUGCCGAGAGAGGCUGGUGGUGCGGCGGGGCCAGCCCUUCCGAGUGACGUUGCACUUCCAAGGCCGAAAUUACGAGGCCAGUGUGGACAGCCUCACCUUCAGCGUCGUGACUGGCCCAGACCCCAGCAACCAGGCCGGGACCAAGGCCCGCUUCCCACUGUCCAAUGCUGUGGAGGAGGGUGCCUGGACGGCCUCAGUGGUGGAGAAGCAGGACAGCGCCCUCUCGCUGCAGCUCAGCACCCCGGCGAAUGCCCCCGUCGGCCUGUACCGCCUCAGCCUGGAGGCCUCCACUGGCUACCAGGGCUCCAGCUUCAUGCUGGGCCACUUCACCCUGCUCUUCAAUAGCUGGUGCCCAGCGGACGCCGUGUACCUGAACUCGGAGGAGGAGCGGCAGGAGUACGUCCUCACCCAGCAGGGCUUCAUCUACCAGGGCUCAGCCAAAUUCAUUAGCAGCAUACCCUGGAACUUUGGGCAGUUUGAAGACGGGAUCCUGGACAUCUGCCUGACGCUCCUGGACCUCAACCCCAAGUUCCUGAAGAACGCCAGCCGCGACUGCUCGCGCCGCAGCAGCCCAGUCUACGUGGGCCGGGUGGUGAGCGCCAUGGUCAACUGCAAUGACGACCAGGGCGUGCUGCUGGGGCGCUGGGACAACAACUACGGGGACGGCGUCAGCCCCAUGUUCUGGAUCGGCAGCGUGGACAUCCUGCGGCGCUGGAAGAGCUGCGGCUGCCAGCGUGUCAAGUACGGCCAGUGCUGGGUCUUCGCCGCGGUGGCCUGCACAGUGCUGCGGUGCCUGGGCGUCCCCACCCGCGUCGUGACCAACUAUAACUCGGCCCACGACCAGAACAGCAACCUGCUCAUCGAGUACUUCCGCAACGAGUAUGGGGAGAUCCAGAGAGACAAGAGCGAGAUGAUCUGGAACUUCCACUGCUGGGUGGAGUCGUGGAUGACCAGGCCCGACCUGCAGCCGGGGUACGAGGGGUGGCAGGCCCUCGACCCCACGCCCCAGGAGAAGAGCGAAGGGACGUACUGCUGUGGCCCGGUUCCGGUUCGUGCCAUCAAGGAGGGGGACCUGAGCACCAAGUAUGAUGCGCCUUUUGUCUUCGCCGAGGUCAACGCCGACGUGGUGGACUGGAUCCGGCAGGACGACGGGUCCGUGCACAAGUCCGUCAACCACUCGCUGGUGGUGGGCCUGAAGAUCAGCACGAAGAGGGUGGGCCGCGACGAGCGCGAGGACAUCACCCACACCUACAAGUACCCGGAGGGGUCCCCAGAGGAGAGGGAAGCCUUCAAGAGGGCCAACCACUUGAAUAAGCUGGCUGAAAAAGAGGAGACGGGGCUGGCCAUGCGGAUCCGCGUGAGCCAGAGCAUGAGCAUGGGCAGCGACUUCGACGUCUUUGCCUACAUCACCAACAACACGGCCGAGGACCACGCCUGCCGCCUCCUGCUCUGCGCCUGCACUGUCAGCUACAACGGGAUCCUGGGGCCCGAGUGUGGCGCCAAGGACCUCCUCAACCUCUCCCUGGAGCCCUUCUCCGAGAAGAGCAUUCCCCUUCGCAUCCUCUAUGAGAAGUACUGUGACUGCCUGACAGAGUCGAACCUCAUCAAGGUGCGGGGCCUCCUCGUCGAGCCGGCUACCAACAACUACCUUCUGGCCGAGAGGGACAUCUAUCUGGAGAAUCCAGAAAUCAAGAUCCGGAUCCUGGGAGAGCCCAAGCAGCACCGCAAGCUGGUGGCUGAGCUGUCCCUGCGGAACCCGCUCACCGUGCCCUUGUUAGGCUGCGUCUUCACCGUGGAGGGGGCCGGCCUGACCGAGGAGCAGAAGGCCGUGGAGAUCCCGGACCCGGUGGAGGCCGGGGAGGAGGUCAAGGUGAGGGUGGACCUGCUGCCUCUCCACGUGGGCCGCCACAAGCUGGUGGUGAACUUCGAGAGCGACAAGCUGAAGGCCGUGAAGGGCUUCAGGAACGUCAUCAUUGGCCCCCCUUAACGGGCCCCUGUGCCAGCCCCACCUCAGCCAACUGAGAGCCCCCAACUUGACCCCAUCUUUAUCCCAAGCUAAUGAGCAAAAUUUGCCCCUUCUUGGGCCCCAGACCCCAGGGCAGGAGUGGGCUGUACUUUGGAAUGGAAUGUACUUCUGGCCUAUCUUGUCCCCUGAGCCUGGUUCCCCAUCCCUUACUUGUGAGGAAUGUUCUGUGCCUCCACAAUGGGAGCCCUGACCUUGGCUGACUGGGCCUGGGGCCAGGGAGGAGGGACCCACUCCUUCCUCUCCAGCCCAGAUGCCAUUAGGAGAGCCACUGACCACGCACCAUAUUGUUUGAUCUACUCCAGGGCCCCUUGGAGCAGGCAAAAAAGAGACAGUGUGCCCAUUGGCUGGAUCAGGGAACUCAACUCCCUAGAGUGUCCUGUACCCCUUCCCCAGACUGUGCGCGGGGCCACAGGCACCCUCGGAAGAGCCAGAGCAGAUGGGGAUGAGGAGGGUCCCAGGAAUAGGCCAGGCCCAAGCUCCCCCCACAUCCCAGCAGCCCUGGCCCAACAGUCCCCCACCCACCUCACCGUUGUGAGGCAGCUACUAUAUGCCAGACACUUCCUGUGCUCGCUGGUGCUCACGUGGCCACCAACCCAUUUAAUCACCACGGGAAACCGCAGAGUGGCAGCUGCUUUCUCCAGGAGGAGACGGAGGCCCAGAGAAGGGAGGCGGCCCACUCUGUCCCGGUGGGCUGCUGGCUGUUUGCAAGGCUGGGUAAUGUGAAGGCACAGGAACAGAACCUGGACCUUCUGAGUCCGAGUCCAGCACCCUGUUCGUGACACCAGCUCUGACCUGAGAAUGUCAGGGAGGACAUUUGGGACCUGAUCCAAAAGGACCAGUUGGGG